AUGGAUCAAGAUACAUUGAGUUCACUUACAACUCAGCAUUUUUACUAUUAUCACAAUUAUUCAACCAGGAAAUAUAACAAAUUCAGAUUUUACUUUAUUCAAUGGCUUUAUAAGCUCAAGCGAGAUACAAAGAAUUGCCCGAGACUAUUGGACCAGUAUGGUACUUUACAAAAGAAAGUGGUUGGCACAGGAGCAUCGGCAACGAUCAAAGUCAUAAAAGACAAAAAGAGUGUAUUUGCAGUCAAAGUAUUCCAGAAAGGUCAAAAACAAAAGAAAUGGAUGAGUGAAUACUGUAUUUCAUCCGUACUGUCGCAUCCAAAUAUUAUAAAAACAAUGGACCUUGUACUUGAUCAACAUCAUAGACAUUGUAUCAUUAUGGAAUAUUGCUCAGAGGGCGAUUUGUAUUCAUUUAUAAAAGAUGGAAGACUUGUUGAACUAAGAGAAAUCAACUACUACUUUAAGCAGCUGCUGGAUGGCUUGUCUUAUUUACACAGUAUAGGUGUAGCUCAUAGAGAUAUCAAGCCAGAGAAUUUACUGAUUCAGGAUGGUGUGCUAAAGAUAACAGAUUUUGGUGAAGCCACAGUGUUUAAACAAGUAUCCAACCUUAUCGCCUCAGAUGGUCUGUGUGGAUCUAUACCUUAUAUGGCUCCUGAAGUAUUUCAUCAGCAAUAUGAUCCAAGUCAAGCAGAUGUAUGGUCAGCUGCAAUCGUUUACUUUUGUAUGAGACUCAAAGGCGUGCCCUUUUUCUCGGCCACCAUGUCGGACCCAAAUUACAGGCUUUAUCAAAGAGAUUAUGCUAAGAAGCAGUACCCUGCAUUUGAUAUUUUAGAUAACCAAACACAAGAUUUACUAUAUAGCAUGUUAAAUCCUAAUCCAAAAAAUAGAUUUACAAUACAAAAUGUACUUGGUUUGCCCUGGAUUGCUGAUGUACAAUAA